AUGGCUUAUCCAUUGCCAUUCACUCUAAACCGCUCUGCCCUGCUCAUUACUGACUCGUAUGUCGGUGGCAAGGAAGUGUCCGCACAGUCAGGCGCAACCUUUGAUGUUCUAGACCCGGGCUCCAAUAAGCCAUGGGCCAAAGUAACCGACAAUUCAGCAGCCGAUGUCAACGCCGUGGUUGAGACGGCCCAUGCUGCAUUCCAAACCUUCAAGAAGUCGUCGCCUCGCGUCAGGGCCCAAUGGCUUCUCAAGUGGGAUGCCCUCAUCAAAGAGAACAAGGAAGACCUGGCCAAGAUCCUCGUCCAUGAGACGGGCAAGCCCUACGCCGAAGCUGUCGCCGAACUAGACUACGCCGCCACCUUCGGGACAUGCUUCGUCCCCUCGGCCCCGAACCGGCGCGUCUUCACCAUCAAGCAGCCCAUCGGCGUUGCUGUCGCGCUGGUCCCGUGGAACUUCCCCGUCGCCAUGGUCUUACGCAAGGCGGCCGCAGCAUUGGCGGCCGGCUGCACAAUGGUGGUCAAGCCAUCGCCCGAGACGCCGGUGACGGCGGUAGCCCUUGCCAAGCUGGCGAGCGAGGCGGGAUUCCCCGACGGCGUCCUGAAUGUGGUGACCACGAGACUUGCCAACACCCCGCCGCUGAGCGAGGCCUUGUGCAGGCAUGAGCUGGUGAAGAAGGUUACGUUUACUGGAUCUACCCGCGUUGGCAAGCUCAUUGCGAGCCACUGCAGCAGCGGCUUGAAAAAGGUCGUUCUUGAACUUGGAGGGAACUGUCCCUGCCUCAUCUUUGACGAUGCCGAUAUCGAGGCUGCGCUUCGUGAGCUGGUCGGCCUGAAAUUCCGCCAUGCUGGCCAAGCGUGCAUCACCGUCAAUCGAUUUCUCGUCCAGAGCGGGAUAUAUGAUAAGUUCCUCCAACGCUUCCGUGAGGAAACGGCCAAGUACGUCGUUGGCCACGGUGCUGUGGGGGGAACUACCCUUGGCCCCGUCACUAAGCUCGAGAGCAUCGAUCGGGCUGAACGCUUGGUCCAAGACGCUGUUUCCAACGGGGCACGUCUCGUCACAGGUGGGAAACGCUUGGCUCCAAAAGGUUUUGAAGAGGGCUAUUUUUUCGAGCCAACUAUCCUGGCUGAUAUGCCCACCAAUACGCUCAUCUCAUGCGAGGAAUGCUUUGCACCUAUCUCUGCUUUUUACAAAUUUGAGACCGAGGAAGAGGCAGUCAAGAUGGCUAACGAUACCCCUAUGGGCCUUGCGAGCUAUGCUUUCACGAAAAACGUUGAUCGUCUCUGGCGUUUGUAUGAGAACCUCGAGGCUGGCAUGAUCGGACUCAAUAGCGGGAACUCCUCUGCGGCAGAGACUCCGUUUGGCGGAAUCAAGUACUCUGGCUAUGGAAAGGAGGCAGGGAAGGACGUCGCAAUUAAUGAAUAUAUGAUCACCAAGUCUGGUACCCUUACUGUGGAUGGUUUAGUAUGA